UCCUACUACUUUCUCUCACCUUUCUCUCUCUCUCUCUCUCUCUCUCUCUCUCUCUCUCUCUCUCUCUUCUUAUUCCUCCAUCCUUCAUCUCUCUCUCUUCCACCCCCUCGAAUUUUCUAGAGAGAGACAGAAAGUCACCUAAUUUUCAAGUUUGAAUUCCCUCAACCGUUUUCCAUCACCAUUAUCCUGUUUCAAAAGGUGGGUUGAUUGAUCUGAUUCAAAUUGUAAAGGAUUAUUGUUCACUUUUGGGUUUGUUCAAUGGAGUCUCAAAAUGGGGUUGAUAUAGAGGAGUAUAAGAAUGGUAGUGUCAAUGAGAAUGGUGUUGAAGAGAAAUCAAUUGUGGAAGAAGUGGAUGUGAAUCAAAAUGUUGCAAAUGAUGGAAUGGUUUCGGAUUCGAAAGUUGUUCCGAAGAUUGUGGUAAAGUCUGGUGCUUUUAAAGCCUCUAAGACCAAAUCUGGUGGUCCAAAGGGAUCCAAAACUGGGACUGAGAUCUCAAAACUAUCAAAGGAAUCUGCUACUACCAAGAAGGUGAUGGAGCAAGCUAAUGGGAAAAGUGGAGUGUCAUCCCUUCGAAACCAGAAGGCGGGCUUAAGCCAAAGUCUCUCUUUUCCAUCCAAAGGUGCUCAUGGCAAUCUGCUGAAGAAAAGCCUUGAUGUCACCCCUGUGAAAUCCGUUUCCAAGCAAUCACUAGCUAAUGGUAAAAAGUCCAAUCCGUCUUCGUCUGAGGCAUCACCAACUUCAGACACUGUAAUGGAUCAUUCUGAUGGCCGAUUGUCGAGUGAAGUUACUUCAAAGGAAACAAAUGCUAAGAAGAGUGGGGCAUCUGCUAAGCAAACCUCAAGUGGAUCAUCAUCUGCAAGCCUUAAGAGUUCUGUGUCUGCAAAAUCUGGUUCAAAGAAUGCAAGUACUAAUGGCCAUGUCUCCGAUUCUUCUCUAGUUGUUGAUCAAUGUCCAAAACCUGUCAAAGAAGUGUUGCCUGAGAACAGCGACGAAAGCAAAGAUUCUGACCAAAAUCAAAGUGAUUCUGCAUCAAAGAAAAGUUCUAUUGCUGGAUUUUCAUUUAGGUUGGAUGAACGUGCUGAAAAACGAAAAGAGUUCAAUAUGAAAAUUGAAGAGAAGAUCCAUGCCAAAGAGGCCGAGAAAAAUAACUUGCAGGAGAAGUCUAAGGAGAGCCAGGAGGCAGAAAUUAAGCAGCUGAGAAAGAGUUUGAAUUUCAAAGCUAUGCCAAUGCCGAAUUUCUAUAAAGAACCUCCUCCAAGAGUUGAAAUUAAGAAGAUACCCACAACUCGGCCAAAAUCGCCAAAGCUUGGCAGAAACAAGAGCUCAGUUGAAGGAGCAAACACUGGUUUGGAAGGAGGUGCUACUUGUGUUAGCCCCCGUGUGAGCAACAUGGUGAAGAGAGUUCAUACAAAUGGUGAGAGAAGUGCUGAUUCUACUAAAAGAUCUGCUAAGAAAUCCCACUCAAAGCUUCAACCUCGAGAAUCUGUUAGUACAAGAAGCGAAGAGAAGAAGGUUACAUUGAAACCAAAGAAAAAGGAAGUGGAAGCUAGAAAUGCUAAAGCAAGUGCAGAGGUGAAGGAAGAUAUCCUAAGUUCACCUCAAAUUUCUUUUGAGGUUCCUGAGGAAGCAAACGAAGUCUUCACUGUGGAAAGUUUUCAGGAUAGUGGAGUGAUAGCAAAUGUUGCAAUUUCUGAGGGCAUAUCCAGUGAAAUCAUGGUUGGGGGUUGAGGAAAGAAAAUGUGUCUUUGAAUGCUGAAACUUCCUGUUGAUGCUGUUGUAAAAAAAGGGCAUUUGUAUAUUGAGAGGUGUAUAUCGUUUAUUAUUUGUUAUGUUUAAAGAGGGAAAUGAUGAGAAAUUUGUAUUGGCACCUUAAAGGUCAAUAUAUUGUUGUCUUGCUUUUUCUUUUA